AUGGCUUAUCUCGGCGAUACAAGUCAAAUGUUGGUAGAUACUACGGAUGUUUUUACAACUCAUCAAAAAUUUGCUACCCCAGAUGAUGUUGUCAAAUGGGCUCGAGAUGUUGGAGAUGCCAAUAAAGUCGGUAUUAUCAUUACUCGGUCGGAUAAAAAGAACGAAAUAAGAGGAAGAAAUGACAAGUUGAUUUUGGGUUGUGACAAAGGUGGAAAGUAUGACUCUUCAGAAAGAUGGAAAGUUCAGGUUAUUCAUGGAGUUCACAACCACGAGCUACCUGACCAAUAUCAUGGUCAUCCUCGCAAGGCACGUUUAACUGCUGAUGAAAACAAACGUGUUCAAGAUUUGACAAAGCGUAAAGUAGCACCAAGAAACAUUGUUUUAGAUUUGAAAGAUCAAAAUCCAGAGUCUGUUGUUGAUGCCACACUUGUAUAUAGGAAAAGACACAUGAUGCAAAUACAGGAAAGAGGCUCCAGAACAGAGUUGCAACACUUGCUACAGUUGUUAGAUGAUGCAAAAUAUGUCAGCUGGAAUAGAAGAAAAGAUGAUGGCUCCGAUGUUUUGAGUGAUAUUUUUUGGGCGCAUCCAGAUUCAAUCAAGUUGUUGAACUUGUUUCCCAUUGUUUUACUGGCAUAA